AUGGAUCUGUUAGAACCAGGUAAAGUAAGAAGUUGUAUUUUAGCGAAAAAGUCGAUUAAUGCUUUCUUUUUAUCUAGGUACAGCAACAACGAUAAUGCGGCAAUCAGCGUUGAAUCCAAGGAAGGCAACUUCAUUUUAACGUCAACGUACAUGCCAUACGAAGAGGAGAACCCACCAUCAAAAACAGUCCGGGAGCUUGUGGACUAUUCCACGGUAAAUGGAACACCUUUGGUGAUGGGAUGUGAUGCCAACGCCCAUCAUACACAAUGGGGUGGUAAUGAUAUCAAUAAAAGAGGAGAUUGGAGAGUAUCACCAGAGGAAUCCUUUUCGGAUCACUUUAGGAUACUCUUCACCCUAGACAGGAAUUUAAUAGAUAUCAAACCUUACAGAAACCCAACUAGAACAAAUUGGACAAAGUACACAAAUUGGCUGAAGGAACGUAUCGACCCACCAAGAGAAAAUACGCUCUCAAAUACAUCAGCCAUCGAUACUACUGUCCAAAACCUUACUAGUAAAAUGAAAACUUCUUUUGAAAAACACUGUCCCCUAUCCCGUUGCACAAGACCCACUAACCCAUCAUGGUAG